AUCGCAAUUAGGCAAUGUAUGAAUGGACUGUAUAUAUUCAUACCAUGGAACUCGAAUUUAUCAAAUAUUAUGUGGACCAAAAAUGAAUCGGCCAUUGAUAUAUCAAACGGAGUGAAGUACAAAACAGGAACAGACAGUACGCCCAUGCUGAUUAUCAAUGGUGCUACUUCAGAGGAUAGUGGAAAAUACUCAUGUAUGGGAACGUCGUUAUUACGUUCUUUCAUGAGCAGGCCUAUUCAUAUAGGAAUAACUCCUGUACGCCUCAAAAGUCCUUCUGCAGUGAAUGUUGGGGAACCAUUAUCAAACCAUUGGGAUUGGCCGUAUUUGAAACCAGACACAACUUCUGAAUCUGAGACUAGUGACCUUGACCUCUAUAUCGUCAUGAUCCCAGAACCCCAUGUCGAAACUCAGGAUUGUACUCACGUUAAGGGUCAAGAAGAACGACACGAAUAUGAUUUGUUUAGCAGAAUAGAUUUCAACUCCAUCAAAAGGUACCUCCAUUUCUGGCUUCUCUUCUGCGAAGGAGGCUCCGUGGAUCUGGAAAACAAAGAUCAGUUGGAGAUCCUGAAGGACUUGUACGCAUUCUCCAAGGGACCAGACGCAGAACCUAUUCCAGAUGAUAUAAGAUCUGACUGCUCCAUAUAUGAUAGCAUGAUUUGUACGGGGACCAAAUUAACAUUUACUUCAGAUGAUGUUGAGAAACAGACUCUCUGGGCUUAUAUUCAACACGGUUAUCUUGUGCAGAAAAACGUUCAUUUCCUUCUGGACAAGGCACCAGUUGCCUUGAUCGCAAAGUAUUUCAGGACAUCUGGGUAUCUUGGUUCUCAAGAAGAAUGGUGUAUUUGUCUCCCUAGCAUUUUCACUGAGAAACUCAUUGUAAAACUAGACUUGGGUAUCAUCCCACAUCCCACUAUUACAGAUACCAAUAUUCAUCCAUUAGUGAGCCGAAUAUUGAAAAUCCCUGAGGAAAUUCUAAGAUGGGAAUAUGACCAGCGCCUGAAGUUCUUGAAAAGCAUACGUGAAGAAAGCAUUGAAAUGUUCAGGGGAAGAGCGAUGAUCGUUGGGUGUGUGGGGGCAGGUAAAACCACCUUCCUAAGAAGGCUUCAAUCCAAAUGGACAUUAGAGGACUUAUACACCACUGAGUCAACUGUAGGGCUCGAAGUUCAUCAUAAUCUGUUCCAAAUUGAGGACAAUGAAGACCAGAAAUUGCUGAAAGAAGUACCACAGGGAAUGUCUUGCGAUGUUGAAAGACACAUAAAGAAAAGAGAAAAGCUGAUCAGUGUAACUGACUUUGGCGGUCAGUGUUCUUAUUAUGCCUGUCAUCAAGUCUACCUGACAAGACGAGCUUUCUAUAUUCUUGUGAUAGACAUGUCAAAAAGUUUGGAAGAAAAGGUUGACUCCACUCGAUUGGACGCAAAUGGGUCCAUAUAUGAAGAUUGGACCUACAAAGAAUACUUCCUUUACUGGAUGCAGUCUAUAAGCACUUACUGUGAUGAUACAACGCCUGUAGUAUUGGUUGCAACGCACAAAGAUAAAGUCAGUGAAGAAGUACAAGAUGGGAAGACAAAAUGUUUUUAUGACGAAUUAAUGGAAUGCUUACCAAGAGACUCUGAAUUAAAACGACACCUCUCACAGAAGCGAUACUUUGAGAUUCAACUUCCGCCUCUGGAAGAAAUUGAAACAAAAAAGAUAGAGAAAGCCAUUGUAGAAGUUGCUGCUCAACAAACACGCUGGGGAGAAAGAGUUCCUGCCAAGUGGGCUAUGUUUGAAAUAUCUCUGUCAGAAAUGAAAACAGAAAAAAAGAUGAUGAGCAUUGAAGAACUAAAACAAAACAUUAGAAUCGAACUUCCUGAAAAAGAUGAAGACUUGCGCAUCAUGCUGUCUUUCUUUCACGAGAUUGGAACGAUACUUUUUUUCAAUGAAGAAGGGUUAAAUAAAAUGGUUAUUGUUGAUGUUCAGUGGUUUGUUGAUGCUUUUAAGAACAUAAUUACCGACCCAACACAAGUUAAAGAGGCAUCUCCAACCGUCGGCGACUGGAUGCUCUUCAACCAGACAGGCCAGUUGGGUGAUCAGCUUCUGGAUGAUAUGUGGUCAAACUUCAACUACAAAUGCUUUGCUGAACACAAAAAUUCCAUCCUACAAUUUAUGCAAAGGCUGGGUCUUAUAGUGAUUGGGAGAGAAGAACGCAACGAAUCACUUUACCGACCGCCCUUAUGCGUAAAACAAGAAGCUGAAGAGAAACCAAGACAAAUAUACCACUAUGUACCUUGUAUGAACAAGGAGAGUAGAUCCGAUACCUAUGACAAGAUUCUAAGCAAUUGCACAAACAAAACGUCCACUUUGGUUUUCCGAUUCAAGACAUUCUUGCCUCAUUUCUUUUACUAUCGACUUGUUGUCCAUUGUAUGACAAGGUGGCAUGCUCUGGUUCACGAUGAUGUACCUUUAGUUUGCAAAGAUGCAGUUUUUCUUAAAAACGAAGAUGAGGAUCAUGUUCUCGUUCUUGGUGUUUGUAAGCCAUCCAUCCAGCUUCAAGUUGUUUGCCGUGAGGGUAACCUUGAUGUUAAUAUUACUCUAAAAAUACGCCAAGACAUUGAGAGCAUGAUGAAAUCUCUAACGGCCACAUUUCACAAACAAGUGGAAUAUGAUAUUGGAUAUUUCUGUCAAGAAAAAGAAUUCUGCGCAGAUGUUGAACAUUUCUUCAUAUCUGAACAUGAGCUUCUUCAACUAAAAAAGGACACAGUCUGUUGUAGUAAACACGCUAAAGAAAAUCACAAGAUUCACAGGAAAGAACUUCUCAAGUUUUGGAGAAAGUCGGCUUCGAAAGAAAUCGGUUGCAUGUGUUUUCCAAAACGUAAAGAUGUUAACAAGACACCUAUUUUACCAGGAAGUGUCCAACAUACAAACAACACCCUCAGAAAUGGACGCAGAAAGGAGACGUUUAAUUUGAAGAAACUUGAAAGAGUACUGCUUGAUAUGAUGGACACAGAGGAUUUAUUGCGAAACAUAAUAGAAAUAAUAGAAACAUUCUCAAAUUUUCAUGAUUUAAGUUUCAAGAGCGUACGUUUAUUACUUUUUCUUUAAUAACAUUUUUAUAACCCCUUUCUUUGAGAGUUUCAGUUUAUUAUAACGUCAAAAAGACACUGUUACGUCGUCAACCUACCUAUCAAUAGCAAAAUCGGUUAAAAAAUAGUUAUAUAAAAUUGUAAUUAUAUUUUGGACCUGUAAUUUCUUAAUUUUGUUUAAUUUUAUUAAUUAAGCGAAAAAAAUUUGCUUGAAAACCGUAAAAGUGCUUUAUUUUUACUCUAAAGCGCGAAAUAUUGCGCAAUAAAAACCACAAUCGGUCCACUUUAAUUUAUAAUGUUUUACAAAAUCAACAGAUCAUAAAAAAAUGUAUACUAGCUUUGUCGAAAAAAUUCAUAAUUGGGCAAAUGCCAAAUUUUCUUGAUAACAUCCGCGAUUACAAACGUGUACGAUAAUAUCUCGUGGACCUUGAUUUAGUAAAUAUGUAUAUAAAAAAUAAGAUUGGGCCAUGCACAUUAUCGUCGAAAAUAUGACUGCGAUUUUAAUAAAUGUAUUAAUUUCAAACUAUUAAACCCAAACUUUUCCAACUUUGAUUUUUUAUACCUUGUAGUUUGGGUUAUAACUAGUAAAACUUAAAACCAUUCAUUUUGACAAGAAUGUCAUGUCUAUGAACUUUUUGGAAAACCCUUCCAUCUUUACUUAAAUUGUAAGAAAAUCUUGAAUUUGUUUUCUUUGUUCACUUGUAUUUCAUAUACUUUUGAAUCUCUGCUUUAAACAUGAUAUUUUGCUCAAGCGCGUUUUCUGUUGUAUUAUGUCGGCGUUGACUUGCUUUUGAUUUCUUCUCUUUGUUUUUACGUAUUUUUUCAUAAGAUAUUUUAUUCAUAUUUAUUUUUAAUAUAUUUGAUGUUGAUCUCUUAGGUUUUUUUAUGUUGUUUAAAGAUAUUUCUGAAGAGUACACUGUUUUGUUAUCUUUAGAUCUUAUUUGGAUUUUUAGAAAUAUAUUUGACCCCUUGGUUUUAGUAAUUUGAUACUGUUUAUAAAUAUUAUUUUUGAUAAGUAGACAGUGUUAUUGGUUUAGUUGUUUUACUAAAUACUAGUGGUUAUAUAAAUAAACUUUAUUGAUAUAUAGUAAAUUCUAUUUGCUGACAAAGGUCCGGAAAUCAAUCCUUACUUACAGUGUCAAUUAAUGGCUGCGGUCGAUAAUUUGAAUAGAACAUUUUUGUAAAAUAGCGGCACUCCAUUUUGUUUAGUGACCCAUGGCCAAUAUCGUCCUUUUGCCCAUUCUCGUUGGGAUUGUUACUCUUCAAUAGAACCAGAUCCGAUUCGGUUUUCAGAUGUGAAACG